AAAACUCCCAAAACCGAAAGACAAAAAAAAACCAAAAUAGGAUCGGAAAUAAGCCCUCAAAUAGGAUAAAAUUAUCACAGAGUGACUACUAUUCGUCAUUCCAUUUGUCGAAUGAUUCGUAAAUUUCCUCGUCAUCAGAAUCACUGUUGUAAUUAGCGAUAAAAUAUACAAAAAAAAAAUUAAAAUUUAAUUGGAUUUUAAUAAAAGAAGAAUUUUUUUGAUAAAAAAUGGGUCGAAAAAUCACCGUUGCAGUAGCAACUUUAAACCAAUGGGCUUUGGACUUCGAAGGAAAUAAGGCGAGAAUUCUUCAAUCCAUAUUGGAAGCACGUGAAAUGGGAGCUACUUACCGAACAGGUCCUGAACUUGAAGUGACUGGCUACAGCUGCGAAGAUCACUUCCACGAAUCCGACACGUUUCUCCACUCAUGGGAAGUUUUAUUGGAGCUCAUGUUGUCGCCCGUGUCGCAAAACAUCCUCAUUGACGUCGGCAUGCCCGUUCAGCAUCGCAACGUCACGUACAACUGUCGCGUCGUCUUCUACAACAAGAAAAUCCUCCUAAUUCGCCCCAAAUUGGCAAAUUGUGACGACGGAAAUUACCGCGAAACCCGUUGGUUCACGCCAUGGGCAAAAUCACAAAAAACCGAGGACUACUACUUGCCACGAAUGAUUGCGGCGCACACGGGACAGUACACGGUGCCCAUUGGAGAUGCCGUGAUUGCGACAAAGGACACGUGCAUCGGCUACGAAAUUUGUGAGGAGCUGUGGAAUCCGAAGAGCACCCAUAUUGACAUGUCGUUGUCAGGCGUUGAAAUUAUCUCGAAUGCCUCGGGGAGUUACAUGCAGCUAAGGAAGGCCUAUAUAACGACAGAUCUCAUUCGAAAUGCGAGUUUUAAGGCGGGCGGUGCUUAUUUGUUCAGUAAUUUGCGCGGAUGUGAUGGGCAACGAGUUUAUUUCAAUGGAUGUUCGGCAAUUGCCUUAAACGGGGACAUUAUUGAACGUGGGAAGCAGUUUUCGUUGCAAGAUGUCGAAGUUACCGUUGCUACAAUUGAUCUCGAGGACAUUCGUGCUUAUCGGUCGGCAUUGCGAUCACGUUGUUCGACCGCUUCGGCGACUCCGACAUAUCCGCGGAUCCAAACCGACAUCGAAUUGUCGCAAACGAACGACGUUUAUCUCCAAACAAGUGUCCCGAUUCAAUGGAUUUAUCACUCAGCUGAAGAGGAAAUCGCUCUCGGACCUGCUUGUUGGCUUUGGGAUUAUCUCCGACGUUCCGGACAAGGAGGCUUCUUCUUACCGUUGAGUGGCGGCGUUGAUUCCAGCAGCACCGCAACGAUCGUUCACUCCAUGUGUCGUCUUGUCGUCGAUGCAGUUCAAACGGGAAACGCUCAAGUCUUGCACGACGUUCGUAAAAUUCUUGCUGAUCCAACUUACACCCCAGAUAAUGCACAAGCGCUCUGUAAUCGUCUCUUGGUCACUUGUUACAUGGGCAGCGAAAAUUCCAGUGUCGAAACGCGUCAAAGAGCUUCGUUGCUCGCGGGACAAUUGGGUUCGUAUCACUUGGAAAUCGCCAUUGAUGGAGCAGUUCGAGCACUGUUGACUAUUUUUACGACAGUCACGGGAAUGGUUCCGCAAUUCAAGACGAAAGGCGGUUGUCCGCGACAAAAUUUGGCAUUGCAGAAUAUUCAAGCGAGAUUGCGGAUGGUUCUUUCUUAUUUGUUUGCCCAAUUGAUGUUGUGGGUCAGAAAUCGCCCGGGAGGAUUGUUAGUUCUGGGAUCAGCAAAUGUGGAUGAAGCAUUGCGAGGAUAUAUGACCAAAUAUGAUUGCUCUUCUGCUGAUGUAAAUCCCAUUGGAGGAAUUUCCAAAACGGAUUUGAGGAAAUUUUUGAUUUAUGCGAAGGAGAAAUUCAAUCUUCCAAUCAUCGGUGAAAUUGUUCAAGCUCCCCCCACUGCCGAACUAGAGCCACUCGUCGAAGGUCAAUUAGCGCAAACAGACGAACAAGACAUGGGAAUGACGUAUGCCGAGUUGAGUGAAUAUGGGCGUCUUCGUAAACAGCAAUAUUGCGGUCCGUACAGCAUGUUUUGCAAAUUGGUUGGUGCCUGGAAAGGAGUUCAUUCGCCCGAAGAGGUUGCAAACAAAGUCAAACACUUUUUCCGAUGCUACGCCAUUAAUCGUCACAAGAUGACAGUUUUGACUCCUUCAUAUCAUGCCGAGUCUUACAGUCCCGAUGAUAAUCGUUUUGAUCAUCGUCCGUUUUUGUAUCCCGUCGCUUGGACCUGGCAAUUUAGAUCGAUUGAUGAGGAGUUAAUUCGCAUCAAAACUGGCGUUUCGACCACCAAUAAAGGUUCCUCCGUGGAAGAUCAUCAACACCAAAUGAGUCAACAUUCCGCAAAUCGCGACUCCAAAAAUACUUCUCCCAUCUUUUUCGGCUUGCAAGAGAAAAAGAGCAUCCACAAGAGUCACACGAGCGUUUUGGGAAAGAUUAAAGAUCGCACAGGCGUUCCCGUCUAGGAUUCGGGGUGCAACAAAACAGACGAUACGGAAUCAAACAUCUCCGAUAUUGGCUCCGAUGUCGAUUUUCUUGAAGAUGCAACACCUUAACCCAACUUUUGAGACACUCGCUUAGACAACUCUAGAAAUUAGACCAAUUUUUGUAGCCUUUUUGACAAAUUCAUUGCAAUUAUUAUUGAAAGCCAUCAUAAAUGUUAGUCUCCCGUUGUUAAAUUUUACGAUAGUUUUAACGAAAAACGAUGAAAACCGAUCAAUUUUAGAUCAAAAUAGUUUUUAGAGCAGCAAAGUAGAGCCUUUUUAAUGUUAUGGCAAAUUUAUCGUGUUCCUAGAUCGUACUUAGAAGCGAAAAAUAUUAUGAAAAAAACGUUUUUUAGAAUCGAAAAUAGCACAAUUUUUAAAAAAUUAACAAUUUUAGACAUACAGAAGCACACAGGAUGAUAAAUACUCAAAACGUAUGAAAAAACAUUUUAUCAAGUAGAAAAUUUUGUGA